AUGCCCAACCCAGAAGAACUGCCACCCAAGUCUGAGCUUAAGGUUCACAGAAUUGUAGCGCGACUACAGACUGACAGCAUUGGUGAUCUCGCACUAUCUGAAAGCGUUAUACGAGAAGAAACACGCAAAGAUACCACGCUGAAACAAAUAUAUCAUCUAAUAAAAACUGGUUGGCGUGAGCAUCAAUACUCAAACGAUGUGAAACCGUACGCUCGAAAGCGCGGUGAGUUGUCACUAGAAGAUAAAAUAGUCAUGUGGCAGGGCCGUAUUAUUGUUCCUGAUACUCUAAGGAAAGCGACCCUAAAAUAUCUGCAUCGUGGACACCCAGGCAUAUCAGCAAUGAGAGCACUGGCACGUUUUUACGUUUGGUGGCCAACUAUAGAGGAAGAUAUAGACACGCAUGUGAAGGCUUGCCACAAAUGCCAAGAGAAUAGACCUAAUACUUCAGAUCUACCAAUCUUCUCAUGGUCGAUGCUAGAUCAAGCCUGGGAAAGGAUUCACGUUGACUUUGCCGGACCAUUCGAGGGCACAUAUUGGUUAGUUCUAUCAGAUGCUUUUUCCAAAUGGAUCGAGAUCAAGCCGAUGACCAAAAUUACGACAACCAAACUCUGUGAUGAACUAGACACCAUUUUUACUACCUUUGGCCUACCCCAAUUUUUAGUGUCUGACAAUGGCUCCCAAUUUAUAUCUAAGGAAUUCCAGGACUACUGCAAAGAAAAAGGAAUAAAACAUAUCAAAUCGUCACCUUAUCAUCCGCGGACGAAUGGAUUGGCCGAAAGGCUUGUGAGGACUUUCAAGACCAGAAUGUCGUCCAGCACAGAAUGCCUCAAAAAACGUUUAGAACAUUUCCUUUUCGCUUAUCGCAUCACACCCCAUAGCAUCACUGGCAAAUCCCCGGGCCAGCUAAUGUUUGGAAGACAACUACAUUGUGUGCUUGACAAUGUCCGACCAAGUGCUAGACGUUCAUUACAAUACAAACAGAUACAAGCAAAUGUUAACUCCGACGGCCAGACUCCAAACUAUAGACCAGGUGAUGCUGUGUAUGUGCGAAGCAGGGAGCAGCCGCGGUGGGAGCCUGCCACAGUAUCUCGACGCACGCAUCGAUACUCCUAUGUUGUUAACACUCCAGUUGGGGUGGAGAGGAGGUAUCACGCAGACCAUAUACGAUCACGUCUGCCUGAUCUAGAAGAAAGCCCAGCAGAGCAAACUUCUCAAUUGUCUAUGGUCCCAGUUGCAUCAUCGACGCCAGUACUGGAAACCAAUAGAUCCACAAUGCCUUGUCCACGAUCAAGAGCUGGAGUGGAACUUGACCCAGAAGUUACUCCAGCUGGCUCACCUCAGAAUGAGGCUCCUGAAGUUACUCCAGCUGGCUCACCACAGAAUGAGGCUAGCAAGGCCACAGCAGCUACACCGAUGGCACCGCGUCGGAGCAAGCGUGCCAUUAAACCACCUCGUCGGCUAAUUUAUGAGAUGGACGUGUAA